AUGUCAGAGCAAGUAGAAGUUGCUGAAGUUGUACCACUUCCAGAUGCAAGAAACAAAUAUCCAAACCCAUUAGCUAACUUCAGUAAAGGUUUGGGGUACCCAGAAUGGCAUCCAAUUGACACCCGUAAAGAAGUUGGCCAAUUAUUCAAAUUUGGUUUCUAUUCAACCGUUGGGUCGUAUGCAUUCUUGUACAUUUGGAAAAGAACUACAUUCAAAUUGGAAAUCCCUAUAUCAGCAAUAACCUUCCUUACAGUUGCCAAAGGUGUACAAUCAUCGGUAGCUAAUUUAAGAGAAAAGAAUGAUUGUUGGAAUACAUUUUGGGGUUUAACUGCAGCAAAUACGGUAGUUUUAAGUGCCGCUUUUAGAUCUAUGCCAGCCAAACAUAAGGUAAUAACGGGUGCUUUAGGUACUUCAUUGGCAACCAUUGUCGAUCGUGCAUACUGGGCUCAAUCCACAAGUAGUCCAACCACUGACGCUAAAUAUGAAUUGGCUAAUGAAAAUAAAGAUUUACCACAACAAGGAUUCUGGGAUAUUUGGCAAAGAAGACCAAUCACUCAAACAGUAGAGGAGUUGGGUGUUGGACGUGGUAUUUUUAAACCUUAA